UCUGUCGUCGCCGCCGCCGGGUUCCGCGGGAUCGCUGCGCGCAACGGCGCCCUCUCGCUCUUAAAGGGGCGACGGUCCGGCAAGUGGCUCAGACUGCUCCCGGAAAGCCACGGCCCGUUUAAGCGGCGGCCGUUCCCGCGGCGCACCGCACGGCCAUGCUGCGGGGCCGGUGGCUGCUGCCCGGCGCUUCGCUGGCCCUGGGCGCGGGGCUGGGGGCGGCCCUCACCGCCCGCCGCCGGGCCCAGGACGAUGCGGAGGGGCUGCUGGGCCGCCUGCCCGUGGUGCCCGCCGUGGCGGCGGCGGCGGCCGGUCCGCCGGCUCUCCCGGGCUCGGGACGGGCCGAGCUGACCAAGUACGGGCUGCCGGGGCUGGCGCAGCUGCGGAGCCGCGAGUCCUACGUGCUGUGCUACGACCCGCGGAGCCGCAGCGCGCUCUGGGUCAUCGAGCAGCUCAACCGGGAGACGCUCAGCGGUACCUCCGACCGCGCCGCCUGCGAUUUCCAGGAGGACGACUCGGUACACGAGUACCACCGCGCCACCAACGCCGAUUACCGCGGCAGCGGCUUCGACCGCGGGCACCUGGCCGCCGCCGCCAACCACAAGUGGAGCCAGAAAGCCAUGCGGGACACCUUCUACCUCAGCAACAUCGCCCCGCAGGAUCCGCAUUUAAACCAGAAUGCCUGGAAUAACCUUGAGAAGUACAGCAGAAGCUUGGCAAAGAACAACAAGAACGUCUAUGUCUGCACAGGACCCCUUUACCUGCCCAGGAUGGAGGCCGAUGGGAAGAUGUAUGUCAAGUACCAGGUCAUCGGGAAGAACAAUGUGGCCGUCCCCACCCAUUUCUUCAAGGUGCUCAUCUUGGAAAAGGAGAGCGGGGAGAUUGAGCUGCGCUCCUACGUGAUGCCCAACAGCCCUGUGGAUGAGAAAAUCCCCCUGGAACGGUUCCUGGUUCCCAUUGAGAGCAUUGAGCGAGCCUCGGGGCUCCUCUUUGUCCCAAACAUCUUGAAGAGAACAAGUAACUUGAAAGCCAUCACAGCUGGAAACAAGCGUUGAACCCUGCUAAACAAAUCCAGGUAUCCCCUGCAAAGGGACUGACAGAGUUAUAGUUCCUUGUGCAAUUUUAAAUGUGGGAAAUAAGAAUCAAACCAAUGCUUCUCUUCCCCCUUCCCCUCAUUUGGUGUGACAGGGAAACACAUGCCCACAGGUCUCAAGGGCAGGUCCUGCAGAAGGCUCCCAGGUGCUUGAUGUUGCAGCAGGUCUCUAGAAUCUGCCCCUAAUCCACAGUAUAGAGCAUACCCCACACACAAAGGGAGCAUUAAGCCAUAAGGGGAAGUUACUUGAUUUCUGCUAUUUAGCAGGGAAGGACGGGAGCAAGAUGGGUGCAGGGGGAGGAGAGGUUCCCAUCUUUCUGUGGCUAAGGGAUUGUAUGAUUGUUUUCUUUCAGAUGGUUUUAGCAGUAAAGCUUUGAAAACCCACA